UGCGAUUGCGCAUCAGGGCUCAUUGGCUGCUGGUGCUAAUCGGCCAGGAGAGGACGGGAGCGCACGGGGCAGCAUGUUUACACACACUUCCAGCCUCGUUCCGCCAUCCGGACGCCUCAUCUGACUCUAUCGGAUACGCGGCGCUGGUUUGAGGGGACCCCGGCGACGAUGUUUUUGUGCCGCGCAGGGAGGCUGCCUGCAGCGGCCCUGGAUCCGGCUUUCCAUGUCAAGUCACCGGGCUCGUUUCUGGGGCAAGUCAAAGCAAACAGACAGAGGAGCGUCACACUGACAUUACGCAAAGGUCGCACGUUUCAGCUGUGCCGGACUUUCUGCGUAUCCGUCGGGGCUGCCGAGUCAACAGUUGCGCGCCUGGGGAAACAAGCACCGGACCCGCAUCCCAGGGAGUCGUCGUCCGGUUUUGUAAUCACGGACUGGGGACACCUCGAUGUGGCUGCUAUAGCGGCGAAUCUCUACCCAAGCCUGCAAAGCGAGGGCGGUAAAACAGACGUUACCAGGCCGCCUCUCGCUCGCGCACGCGGGGGCUACGGCGGCAGGGGGCAGCAGGUGGGGACCGUCUUGUUUACAGGCAGGUGGGGGGUUUCCGGUCGACGCCGCACGACCGGGGCCAUGCACACCGGAGCUUCAUCCGCGGCCGCGAAGAAGAGCGAUGCCGGCGAGCGGCAGACGAGCGACGGCGACAAAGGGGACAAGCAGAAUUUAAAGGAGGCCUCUACUGGCUCCUUAUCUACUGAAGAGGCCCCAGGGGAGCCUGAGCCAGAGGGAGGGAAACCCAACAAGACCCAACAGCUAAAGAAAGUCUUCAAGGAGUACGGAGCGGUGGGGGUUUCCUUUCACAUCGGGAUCUCCCUCAUGUCUCUGGGAAUGUUCUACCUUCUUAUAUCCAGUGGGAUCGAUAUGGCGGCUGUGCUAUGCAAACUGGGCUUCAACGAGGCAGUUGUUCGCUCUAAAAUGGCGGCAGGAACCAGCACGUUCGUCCUGGCCUAUGCCAUACACAAGCUCUUCGCUCCGGUCCGCAUCAGCAUCACUCUGGUGUCCGUGCCUCUCAUUGUGCGCCAUUUCAGAAAGACUGGUCUCUUCAAACCGCCCACACCUGCACCCUGAUGACCCAUCUCUGUCCCUCUGCCUCCUCAUUAAGCAACAAACAUCCAGACUGUUAAUGGUCAUAAUUAAAAUGCCUGUGCAUAUAAUUACUCAUUUGCCAUCAGCUACAAAUUCUCAUUGCAUUUGUGAAUUCAGGUUAAAGGUUUCCUACACUAGUUCCUGUUGUAACAGAAUCAGAAGUGGUAAAUUGUGUUUCUAUAUGAUAAAAAAUACAAUUGUAAUGGCUCUCCAAAUA